UAUAUUUUCAGAAUAGUCUUUAUUUUUGUAAGUUCUUCAAGAGACAGCAUACUAUAACGACAAUCAUGACAGUAGUUUUAUCUAGAGAGCAUGUGCUAUAUCAAUUUUAUCAUUAUGUCGGAUUGACAUUAUUAUUACAUUUGAAAGGUGCAUUUUCUCAGGAAUGUCGUCUUCGAAGCUUAAGAGUAGACCCUGAUCAUAUCAAUGCUCGUUUGCACGGUUAUACAUUUAUAACGUUUGAAAACAUUGGCGCAAAUGCAUGUUUUGAUAAAUGCAUUCGUCGGAGGAGAUGUCUAUCUCUCAAUUACAAAGAAGGACAACGCCACUGUGAAAUAAACGAGAAAAACGGCGAAACUGACUUAGUUGAAGGAAUUGGUUAUGUGCAUGUAAACAUACAGCAAUACAGAAAUUUUUCCAGACAUGACCCUUGCUCAAACAUAGGAAUUUGUCAAGUUGGUGAAAUCUGUCAAACCACGAGAGAGGGCGAAACAUUCUGUGUUAAAGACAUUAAUCAAAUACAGCCAGUUACUGACUGCAGUGGAUUACACCCAGAUCUUCCAAGUGGUACCUAUGAAAUACGACCGAACAAUUUUCAUGUCAUAAAAGUUUAUUGUGAUCAAAGCACUUCCGGUGGUGGUUGGACGGUGUUUCAAAGAAGACAAGAUGGAUCUACUGAUUUUUAUCGCGGAUGGACUGAUUAUGAAAAUGGUUUUGGUGAUCUUGAGAAUGAAUUCUGGUUAGGAAACAUGAAUAUUCAUGCUAUAACUUCACAAAGAAAGUAUCAGUUACGAUUUGACCUUGAAGAUUUCGAAGAAGAGACCAGAUACGCUGUUUACAGUACAUUCAACAUUGGGAAUGCCUCUACUGAAUAUCAACUGACAAUUCAGGGUUACACAGGAGAUGCUGGCAAUGCCAUGACGGAUUGGGAAAGGAGCUUGAACGGAAGAAAGUUUUCAACGAAAGACAGGGACAACGACUUGCAUUACGAUAACUGUGCAGUAACACGCUAUGGUGCUUGGUGGUUUAGAGAUUGUACCCGUUCUCAUAUGAAUGGUCUGUAUAGAACGGACGGAGCAGAAGAUCUAAAUACAAUUCACUGGUAUACGUGGCAUAAACGAAGACCAUUAAAAAGAACAGAGAUGAAAGUGAAGCCCGUCUUGUAAAAAUACGUUAUUAACUCAUUUUUUUCCGUAGAUUACAUUUUAAGGAAUCAAACGAUGAAUUGAAAUAAAUUAC